CCUUGUGUGUGCCUGUCUUCACCUGUGUGGAGCCUGUUGUCUGCUUCUGCCUCGUCUUUCCGAGUGAAGACAUUGUGUUUUCCCUCCUCAUGGACUUACCUUGGUUUCCUUUUGAUGUCAAUGCUGACAUGUCACAGCUCAACUUGACAGACCAGAAGAGGAAACAGACGUUGUUUCUCUCCUCUCAGAGAUGGUUGGUGGUCGCUUAUGUUGCCUGAGCUCCGUCUUCACGUUCAGUGCUGUGCUGCUUCUUGGAUUCUGCCUCCACGAUGUGGAGGGUUCCAGCUGUCCACGUAUCAUCCAUAAAACAGUUGGAGACACUGUGGAGUUUCCUUCAUGCUUAUCAACUGACGGGGUCACUGCAGCAUCAUGGAAAUUUAGAGAUAAAAUAGUUGCACUCAUGGAUGAAAGUGAGAAAGAAGAUAUUCAGUUCAGGGACAGAGUUUACCUGAACCCCACAAACUUUAGUUUAACAGUGAGGAAACUGACUCCUCAGGACUCUGGUGUUUUCAGUUUUCUCUCAGAGGCAAAUGAUCAGCAAAGGCAAACAAUCACCAUCACUCUCCAAGUUCAUGAGCCCUUAACUAAGCCUGUGCUGAAAGUCAAUUCCACCUGGCAUGCCUCCAACCAGUCCUGUACGCAUUUGCUGGAGUGUUCAGCCUCUGACAGCAAUGUCACCUACAACUGGACCUUGGGGAACCAGCAACGAAGUGGCCCCAGGCUGCAGUACAUCAUCAAGCCACAGGACGAAAAAACCAAAGUCACCUGCACGAUUUUCAAGUUUGACAUCAAGGAAUCUGUGUCCGAAACAGUGGAGUGUACCAACAGUACAUCUGACCCCACAAAACCAGAAGCACAGAGCCAUGUCUUGUACCUGGGUGUGGCAGCAGGAUGUUUUGUAUUUAUCUUUGCAGUCUCCAUAGUUAUUUGUGUUUGUCAUCACAAAAAAAGACGCACAGGCUGCGACACAAAUGACCUUACCGUGUACGCUGACAUCUCCGAUGUUGCAAUUCAAAGGACAUCAUCUACUAUGAAGCCGUGCUCUGUGUAUGAAACCAUCGAUAACAGAGUCAGCACAGUCACACCAGGGCCCCAGACUGUGUAUGACCAGAUUCAGUUCGGUCACGUGAGGAAAGCCCCUGUGCCACCCAAAUUAUGAAUUAUUGGAUCACUAUGGGCAGAAACAUGUCAUUAACAAAUACAUUUGAAUCAUUUAUGCAGAUUCACAGAAGUUCUUGAGACCUGCGAAUCAGCACUCGAUUGCUCUUCUUCAGCGACUGGAUGUGUGGCUCAGUAAACUGAAAUUGGAUUACAAGAAGUGAAUUUGCUCAUAACUCAAACAUCAUGCUUUGUUUUGUUUUGUUUUGUUUUUUUUACAUGCUGAUGUCAAUUUUCUGUUCCUACUGCACCUUUUUCUAUCAUAUCAUCAAUGCAGUCUCACUGGCAGUUUGUACAUUUUGUAGAUACAGAGAUUAUAUUUUUAAAAAUGUCUUUUCAUCCUGUGCACAGUUGGCCAUAUUAAAUUACGUUUAUUUACUGUAA